GCGGCGGCGCUGCGCUGGGUUCGGCGCAACAUCGCCGGCUUCGACGGUGACCCGGACCGGGUCACCCUGUUUGGUCACGGCGAGGGUGCCGCCUGCAUCAGCCUGUUGGUCAACUCGCCCGGCUCUGGACGAGGAUCCAUCGGGCGCCUCUUCCAUCGCGUGAUCCUGAUGUCAGGCUCGUCGCUGAGCCCGCUGGCGCUGGUCGAGUCCCGCGGUUUCGAGAGCGAGCGCCGUGACCGCUUGCUGCGCACCUUCGUCCGCAACGGCUACUGCUACAGCAACGUCGAGAUCUUCUACUCCAUCAUCAACGCGUACACUAACUGGAGCAACCCGCGCCGUCACCCGAUCACCGUGCGGGACGAGACGCUGGCGGCGCUCAGC